AAAUACACCCUGUAAUCGAUCCCCAGGAAGCAGGGACUUGAAAAGCAUCACGUAGAUUCGCUGAACAUUCUAAUCUAAUGAAGUUGUAAAUUACAGUGGCAACCGCCAAUAGCAGCGUAGACAUCCCGCGAUUGCUGGGAAAUAGAACGCAGUUGCACAUUCAUGUUUUGAGAAUUGUUGACUUUUGGGAAAACCUGUUGACUAACUACUGUUCUUCGGUUGUCAACAAUGGCCUCGACCGAGCAUAAAGACUUGGCUGCAUUCAUAAAGAGUGUUCAUAGCAAUUUGCGAAAAGAAUCGCAAAUUUAUGGCCCAGAAACAGCGUGGAGAAGACAUGUGGCUGAAAGUGACACGUUGCAGAAAUAUGCCGAGGCAAUGCAAAAGCUAGCAACAAAACACUGGGCUGAAAACGUAGCGGAUCCAAAGAAAAAUACGAAGUGUAGAAUAGACUGGGUGAAGUCACAAUGUUGGGAAUAUUUUUUUAGGGGUGGUAUAGAAUUGUUUUGGGACAGAGAGGUGAAUAUUAAUCGGAAAAUAACGAACGAUCAAAGCCACAGUGGAAUAUCAACAUAUCAAGAGUGGUCAGAUUCUGAAAACAGCACGAGUGGUCUUUCAGAUGGGUUAAUUUGUUCAAAUUCAGAAUUAACACCAGUGGAUGAUAAAGAUACUCCAGAUCUGAAGAAAAGUCUCAACAAACAUUGCUCUAUGAAGCCAAGUACAAAAUUUGAGAAAAGUACUGAAAACAAUUUGCAAAUAAGCAACAAUGAACACGAUUCAAGCAUCGUACAAGCUUCGCACAGGGAAGAUUGCAAAGUAAAGCUGCUCGAUGUGGGAAGUUGUUACAACCCCUUUGGCGGUGUAAAUUUUUUUGAUGUGACUGCUAUUGAUCUGGCUCCAUCUUGCGAUGGAGUAUUGCAAUGUGACUUUUUGAGCAUGCAAAUAGGACAGGAAGAUGUAUUUUCUGCAAACAAGCAACAAGUUGAACAAUUGACUGUGGGAUCUUUUGAUACAGUUGUGUUCUGCUUGUUGCUAGAAUAUUUGCCAUCUCCUGAGCAGAGAUACGCUUGUUGCAAAAAGGCUUACAAUUUAUUGAAAAGUGGCGGCUUAUUGUUGAUCAUUACUCCAGAUUCAAAGCAUGUUGGUGCUAAUGCGAGAUUCAUGAAAUCCUGGCGCUAUGUUUUGUCUAAUCUUGGAUUUAUGCGGACAAAGUAUGAAAAAUUGCCCCAUGCUCACUGCCUGGCUUUCAGAAAGUGCUUUUAUAAAAGAGUCGCUACUAGAUGGGCAAGUUUGCAAAAGUUUUCUAAAGAUGACGAACUCUUUCAUUCGGAUACUAACAUUUUUAUACCACAGGAUUUUACCACAUGGACUAGGGAAGAUACAGUUGAGUGUGUUUCAGGUGAUAAAAAAGCUGAUGUCAAUUUUUAUAAUGAAUUGCCAUAUACAUGA